AUGAUAGUGUUCAUUUUCUUGGCUGCGAGGCUGAGUUCAGAAAAUGAAUCCUCUUCCCAGACGAAUGACUGUGUACGUUUAGUGCAGCAAUGCUUGAUUGAUACAAACGGCUGUGAGCAGUCAUGGAGAUCAGUGGAACACACCUGCAUCGUUCCAGGUGACUCCUGCAAGAUAAAUAACUCAUCACAUUGUAACCUGAGUAUCCAGUCUUUGGUGGAAAAAAAUUUCCAGCUUAAAGAAUGUCUUUGUGUCGAUGACCUCCACUGUACAGUGAACAAACUUUUUGGGAAAAAAUGCAUCAAUCAGACAGGUAACAUGAAAAAGGAUAAUAAUCACAACUGGGAUCUAACUACCCCUUUGCAUCAUGGAUUCAAACAGAUGCAGUCUUGUUUGGAAGUGACAGAGGCAUGCGUAGGGGAUGUGGCUUGUAAUGCACAAUUGGCCCUUUACCUUAAAGCAUGCUCAGCAAAUGGAAAUCUGUGCGAUGUGAAACACUGCCAAGCAGCCAUACGGUUCUUCUAUCAAAAUAUGCCUUUUAACACUGCCCAGAUGUUGGCUUUUUGUGACUGCGCUCAAUCUGAUAUACCCUGUCAGCAGUCCAAAGAAACUCUUCACAGCAAGCCAUGUGCAUUGAACGUAGUUCCACCCCCCACUUGCCUCAGUGUAAUUCACACUUGCCGAAAUGAUGAAUUAUGCAGGACACACUAUCGAACAUUCCAGUCAGAAUGCUGGCCCCGUGUGACAGGGAAGUGCCAGGACGACGAGACCUGCAUCAGCACAUUAGGCAAGCAAGACCUUACUUGUUCUGGGAGUGACAGCUGUAGGGCCGCCUACCUGGGAACCUUUGGGACGGCCCUUCAAGUGCCAUGUGCUUGCAGGAGCAUCACACAGAGUGAAGAACCUUUGUGCAUGGCUCUCCAGCACAUGCUUCAUAGCAAAUCAUGUUUCAAUUAUCCAACUCCUAAUGUCAAAGACAUUUCCUCAUAUAAAAGAAAGCAUUCAAAGGAAAUUACUCUGACUGGGUUCAAGGCUCGCUUCAAUGGAGAACUAGUCUAUGCUGUCCUGUGCAUGAUUGUUACCUGUGGAAUUCUUUCCUUGGUGAUGCUCAAGCUGAGGAUAUCAAGUAAAAAAAGAGAUCCCUCACCUAUGGAAAUAGCUGGAGGUGUCAUCACUCAGUGAGCCACAGAUCACUAUCAAGUCCAAGUUUUUGUAGUAAACCAGUGGAGAAUUACAUUUGCCAAUAAUACGAUUUAAGAUGGAUUUGACGAUAUUCAGUCAUUAUAUACAACAAUGCCUGGCACAGUAAUAUAGCAUAAUCACCGCAGAUCUGCUCUUUUUCCUAAAAAUAUUUGAGUAAAUACUUGUAGUGAUGUCAUAACUAGUUGAUAACAUUUCCUUUGGAGACAAAAAGUGCCAUCUAAAAAGUUAUCAUUUUUUGCUUGAAUGGUAUCAGUGCAAAUAUCAACUUUUCUCGUAAUAUGAUUCAGUGUAGUUAGAGUAUGUUUUUUUUCUGAACGACUUUAUAAUUUCCCAUUAACUUGAUCAAAUGAAAAUGUUAAUGAGAAUGCUGACUAUAUUUGUUAUUUGCAUAUUCUUACUUUGUGUAUAAUCAUUAAACAAAUCAUUGACGUUAAACAUAUUUAGUUAGAUGAUUGGUUCUAAAAAUAAAAACUGACACCUUAUGAAUUUUAUAAUUUAAAUCAUAUUGAAUUUUACUUUUAGUCUGGUGUCUUAAUGUCCAU